CUCGCAGAGGAGUAUUUUGGAUGGCAAACUGAUUCUUCGGGUUUAAAGGUCCCAGGGCGGGGUUAACCUCCAUGAAGGCGGGUUGCUUAGGUGCUGUUGAUGGUCUUGCUGGUGAUCGCAGCUUCUCUUGCGGCGGUAGUACGGACAAUGUUAUCUUAACGCUGGAAUGCCUUCCGCGAUAUUUUGUAUUGAUCUCAGUGUAGUUUCUUUUAUCCCCAACGUGGCAGGUAGUGUUUGCUGGAGCUCUCGGAUUAUUCCUGCCAUUUACAGUAUGUAGAAUACUGCGGAUCCUCAUCUGGAUGAGCAGAGGAGUUGUAGAAGCAGAGAGGAGCAGAGCAUCGGAGGAUAUUGUUUGUCAUACAAACUACAGACAUGCUAUCCGCUUUGAAGAAGCUGGUGGGCUCCGAGCAGGGGCCCAUGCGGGACAGCAAAAUAAUCCCAGCAGGGCUGCAGUCCAUGAACCAGAGCUUGCAACGGAGAUUUGCCAAGGGGGUCCAGUAUAACAUGAAAAUAGUAAUCCGUGGUGAUAGGAAUACAGGAAAGACAACACUGUGGCACCGGCUUCAAGGAAAAAAAUUUGUAGAAGAUUAUAUUCCAACACAGGCAAUCCAAGUCACUAGCAUUCACUGGAAUUACAAAACUACGGACGACGUUGUUAAAGUUGAAGUUUGGGAUAUAGUGGAUAAAGGUAAAACCAAGAAGCGAGGAGAUACUUUAAAAUUAGAAAAUGACCCUCAAGAGGCAGAUACACAGAUGGCAUUAGAUGCAGAGUUUCUUGAUGUCUACAAAAACUGCAAUGGAGUUGUCAUGAUGUUUGACAUUACCAAGCAAUGGACAUUUAACUACAUAGAAAAGGAACUCCCAAAUGUGCCACGGGACAUUCCAGUAUGUGUGCUAGGCAAUUACCGGGAUAUGGGAGAACAUCGGGUCAUAUUGCCUGAUGAUGUGCGGACAUUUAUUGAUCGAUUAAAUAGGCCGCCUGGCUCCUCCUACAUCCUCUAUGCAGAAUCGUCCAUGAAGAACAGUUUUGGUUUAAAGUACUUGCACAAGUUUUUCAACAUCCCUUUCCUACAGUUGCAGAGGGAGACGUUGUUAAGGCAGCUGGAGACCAACCAGUUGGACAUCGAUGCAACGCUGGAGGAGCUUUGUGUGCAGCAAGAGACAGAAGACCAGAACUACGAAAUUUUUCUUGACAUGAUGGAAGCCCGAAGUAGAGGUUGCCCAACUCCACUAAGCAGCAAUGGACAAAGUCCGUCUUCUGGUUCGCAGUCUCCAGUUGUGCCUCCCAACUCAGCUUCAACAGGAAGUUCCAGCCCGGGGGUGCCUCUGCAGCCUGCACAGUCAUGUCCACCUAAUUCUACACCAUCUCCUUCACCAUCCACCUCACCAGCACCAGUACGAGAGCCUCAGGACACAAGCACUCCAUCGCCUUCAUCCGUCACACCAGCACCACCUGUGGCUAAUGCAGCAGCACCUACCACUCAGAGACGCAGUAUUAUCUCGCGCCUUUUUGGGUCCUCUGCAGCUACAGAGAAUUCAAUAUCACAGCCUGAUGCAGUAGCCCCAUCUCCAGUGAAGACACCUAACAACAUACAGUCUCUGGAUGAUUUUGUUCCAGAAGAAAGUCUAGACCGCAGCUUUCUAGAGGACUCAGGUGCUCAAAAAGAGAGAGAAAAAGCAGAACCUCAUGACAGCGAAAGUGAUGCAGAAACAGGGGGAGGUAACCCAAUGGUGGCUGGCUUCCAAGAUGAUCUUGACCCUGAUGAUCAGGUGCUCCUGAAAUCUUCUGUAAAAGAUCGAGUUAUUAGCGCAGAUAUUACCCUGUCAAGUGAUGAGGAGGAAGCAAAAAGGCACAAAGUUUUGGAAGAUGAAGAUAUUCACGUAGAAAAAGCAGCUAAAUGGUCUUCCACAAAUUCAGUAACACCAAAUAAAUCAUCUUCCACUAAGACUGCAGAAUUAAAGGGUACAGUAAAUGUGCCUCCAAUAUUGCCCGAAAAGGUUGAAAAUAAAAAGCCAGCUUUGGGGUCCUACAUCACCUCUGCAUCAGCAUCAGCACCUUCUUCAACCCCAGCUGUUGGGUCCGUUUCUAAUUCAAAGUCUGUUUCUCAAAGUAAGGUGCCUGCCAGCAUCCUGCAGCAAGACUCUUCAUCUGAUGAUGACUUAGAAGGGCCUAUAGCCACACAAAUGCUGUCAUUUGUGAUGGAUGACCCUGACUUUGAAAGUGAAGAUUCUGACAGCCGAAAAAAAACUUUGGAGAUUUCACCGGUUAGAGCUGUCAUUUCUGAUAUCUCAGAUGAGGACAUCAGUCCUCCAAAGGUUCUUGAACCUGUGAAAAGCAGUACUCGAUCCUUCAAACCGAAGAAUGACUCUGAUUUGUUUGGGUUAGGCUUUGUGGAAAAAACAGCCAAAGAAAGCAGUGAAGAAGAUAAAGAAAGCAAAUCGUCAUCUUCAAGAGAAAAAAAGAAAAAGAAGAAAAAGAAGAAGGAGGAGGAAGAGAAAGGAAGCAAAAAGAAGUCGAAACCAAAAAAAAGCAAAGAGAAGGAAAAAGAGGGCGGGGAUGAAGAAGAAAAGAAGAGAAAGAAGCACCACAAGAGCAAGGAAAAAGAGGAUGACGUUGAUGAGUUGGAGGCAUUCUUGAGUGGUAGAGACCCCCCCAAGAAAAAGAGUGGAGCUGCAGUGGGAGAAGAUUAUGAGGAGCUAUAGUAGGCGGAAGUCUGUGUCGGGUCGGGAACCUAACAGCUUUUUGGGCAACUGUGAUUCCAGCACACAAUGCCGUGGCAAGCAGUAAUGUGUACUUGUUCUAAAAUUGCACAAAUGAAGCAUCAUUCUCAUCUGUUUCCUGUUAAAACCAUGACUCCUUUUAAAAAGGUCGUUUUAAAAGGCUCCCUAGUUUUUCAACAGCUGUAAGGGGUUUCUUCCUGUGGCCGUGCACCUUGACACUUCCCCAGCCUCUCAAGAAUUAUUUCUGGUGGAAUCAUUUAUGUGAUAGCUUGGCCUGCUUGUGUUUUAAUUUCUUUCUUCCUUUUUGCAUCCAUAUGCAGUGGGCAUGGCCAGAGCUUUGCCUUGAGCAUGACAUGAACAGCGACUGGGCCAGAGGGGAAGAAAAGCUCACAAAAAAUCUGUUUUUGGGAGUAGGUUGCACUUUGGAGCUCAGGGAUAUGAAAGGGAAUGGUGUUUAUUACAUUUCAAAUUGUUACGCAGUUUGAAACAGUUCCCAAGGCCUCUUUUCAUUUCUGUCUAAAGAGUUAAAGGACAUUCUUUGGUUUUGUGUAGCAAUAUGCAACUCAGAAAUUUUAAAACACAUCCUUCUGGACUUGGCUACGAACACAUCCUUCUGGACUUGGCUACAAACACAUCCUUCUGGACAUGGCUACAUGCUUCUUAUAUUUUUUACUUUCAGCAGAAUGCCUAGUCCCAAGGUAAAUACAUACAGGAUGCAUAUUUACAGUAUCCACGUGCAAAAAAAGAAAAAAAAAAAAAGUUGCACACUAAUGCAUCUUUGUGGUGAGACCACAAUGCAGUUCAUUCCAAAACACUAAUGACCAACAGGAAGAUUGUGCUUGCGUCAUCAUGGAUUUAUUCUCCUGGUUUAUUGGACUAAAAUCAGUUUCUUGACAACUAAAGGCAUGAACUACCUGUGAUAACACUGAAGUCACUUGUGGAAGUUACUGUAAUGUACCACACCUUGUAACUGGUUGAAAUUAUAAAUUUCAACUUGGACUGCUAAUUCUACACGUCUUGCAUGAGAUAUUGAAUGUUGAUUCACAAAUGAAGUUUUGGAGCAGUUUGGUGGCAGAAGAGGGGCAUUUCCUCAUUAUUUAGAAUGAAACUUUAUAUUCAAAUACAUUUCUUCCCGCCUUUGUUUACUGUGGUGAUACUGUAUGCCUGAAAUCCUUCUCUAUACUGUGGGUUUAGGCCAACUACAUUUUUUUGUUUUGCUUUUAUUUUGUUCAUUUGUCAGGAACCUUAAGUGCACCAGAAUAUAUUUGUUAUGUGGAAUAGUCAAAUAGCUCCAAAAAGUCAACAGAGGAAAAAGUGCAGUGCUAUGUUCUCCUUUUCUCCCACUCCUCGUGUACAUUUUUUAUUAGAAA